CCACUUGAUCCUUUCAAGAGAUAUCAACGACUAAUUGACUAGCGCUCAUUGUAAUCAGUAAGGAUGCAUGUAGGUGGAAAGAUGCUCAAGUCAGCUCUGUGGUUUAUCGCCAUCAUACAUAUGGUAUCUGGUAAUUCAUCUGGUGCUAACCCAGCUGCGUGUACAACUUUAACUCCGGGGCAUGGAUUGGCUUCACAAACAUCGACAAGUCCAUGGAUAGUUGCACCAUCAAUGUUUACCUACUCUCCUGGACAACCUCUAUCUGUUACUGUUCAAGCAACCGGAAGCCAAAAGUAUAGAGGGUUACUUGUGCAAGCCCGUCCAGUAGGGUCUACCACUCCUGUUGGCACAUGGACAACGACUGUACCAGAUACAAGGCAGAUGACAUGCACAAAUAUGGCUGAUGGCAUUACUCAUUCAACCUCUUCAUUAAAACCGUUGACGGCAACCUUUACCUGGAUACCACCCACAGCCGGCGUUGGUGCUGUGCAAUUCCAUGCAACGUUCGUUGAAUCUUUUACAACAUAUUGGGUGGAUGUUGUGUCAGCUCAAGUCAGUGAGAUUUCUUGCCCAACUUGUUUUAAUGGUGGUACUUGUGACACUAGUACUGGAGCGUGCAACUGUGAUGGAACUGGGUACACUGGGUCUACCUGUCAAACACAAAUUAAUGAAUGUUCGAGUAAUCCAUGUGAAAACGGAGCCACAUGUACUGACGUCACCAACGGGUACACCUGCGCAUGUGUACCUGGAUUUUCAGGAAUUCGGUGCGAAACAGAUAACAAUGAAUGUGCGAGUAACCCAUGCAUUAACGGUGCAACCUGUAAUAACGUUGUUAAUGGAUACACCUGUAGUUGUGGAUCUGGUUUCUCAGGUGUUAACUGUGAAACGGUAGAUACUGGAGCCAAUGAAUGUUCUAGUAGCCCAUGUUUGAACGGUGGAGCAUGCAUCGACGGAACCAAUGGAUACACCUGUAUUUGUGCAACUGGAUACACAGGCGUUAACUGUGGAACAGUGGUGACGGAUUAUUGUGCAAAUAGUCCAUGCCAGAAUGGUGGAUUGUGCGUUGGUAGUACAACUGGAUACACCUGCGUGUGUCAGUCUGGAUACACAGGCACUAAUUGUGAAACACAAGAUACUGGAGUUAUUGAUUAUUGCGCUCAGAGUCCAUCGGUAUGUCAGAAUGGAGGGACGUGCAUGACGUCAGGGACGUACUAUAUGUGCAUGUGUCCUGAGGGAUACAUGGGAUUCAGCUGUGAAGAUUCGUCUACCACUACUCCUUGCGACGCCACUCCUUGUCAGAACGGAGGGACUUGCAUGAAUAUUGGAACGACGUCCUACGCAUGUGCUUGUCCACAGGAUUACUCUGGAACCAACUGUGAAACAUACACACCACCGACUAGUAACACUUACUGUAACACUAACCCCUGUCAAAACGGAGGAACCUGUCGAACAUCUGGGACAUAUUACGUGUGUGACUGCCGUCUGGGUACUUCAGGAACUAACUGUGAAUCUGUUGAUGCGACGUGUACUCCAGAUCCAUGUAAUGGAGGGACAUGUACAGCACUUACAGCAGGAGGAUAUCAGUGUUCAAAUUGCCCAGGUCGCCAAUACGGUGACCAGUGUCAAUUCUCGGCAGCGGUGUGUUCCGCCACAACCUGUGGAGUAGGAACAUGUACUGAGAGUGGAUACCAUUACCUUUGCGACUGUCUUCCUGGAUACACCGGUACCAACUGUGCAAAUGUGGACAAUCCUUGUAAUGCGAACCCAUGUGAGAACGGUGGAACAUGCUCUUCCAGUGGUCAACCGGGUACAGUAUACGCCUGUAGCUGCACAACUGGAUUUGAAGGAACAAACUGCCAAACACGCUCCGAUAAUUAUUGCAUCACUGUCGCUCCUUGUUUGAAUGGUGGCACGUGCCAGAUAUCUGGAAUUUGGUAUGUAUGUACCUGUGCUGCUGGAUAUGGUGGAUAUAACUGUGAAACCCCUGGAGCAACUCCAUGUAAUCCAAGCCCUUGCCUAAAUGGAGGAGCAUGUUCUAUAACUGGCAGCACAUAUCAAUGUACUUGUCCUUCGGGAUACACUGGCAACAUUUGUCAGACUGUUACUGGUCUUUGCGCAGUAAAUCCAUGCCAGAAUGGUGGAACUUGCAUUCCGUCUAGCUCUACAUAUUCUUGCUCCUGUCUUACUGGUUAUACUGGUUUUAACUGCGAAACAACUACUGAACCGCCGCCCUGCGAUUCCAACCCGUGUCAGAACGGUGGAACAUGCUACUUUUCGCAACAAGCUGAAACAUCGUUCUAUUUCUGUGAUUGCUUAACUGGCUAUUCAGGAACAAACUGUGAAAAUGCAACUCCAUGUAAUCCAAGCCCUUGCCUAAAUGGAGGAGCAUGUUCUAUAACUGGCAGCACAUAUCAAUGUACUUGUCCUUCGGGAUACACUGGCAACAUUUGUCAGACUGUUACUGGUAAGUGAUUGGUCGACUGUCUAACCCACCAAGCA